AAAAAAAGAAAGAGGGAGAAGGAAACAUUCAUGGCAGAAAAGGCAGUGGCAGGUGCAGCGGCGCCAGAGCCUCAUCGUCCUCCAUCUUCAACCAUACGAAACUAGAGCCGCGUUAGGAGAAAAAGUAAAAAUCGCAUCUUUGUUUACGGAAAGUAAAAUGCGAGAGUAAAAGCAGAGAAGGUGUGCUGGUGGACCAUUGAUUGAAUCAGCGUCGCCAUCUCCAGCUGUAACCCCUCUUUCAUCCAUCUUCGUCUGGCAGGUUAAACUCCAUCCUAGGCUGCCGGUGUUCGGUAAGGUUCAAGUAGAUUAGGAUUACCCAAUUCAUUCUGCUGUUCGUCUUCCUUUGUUUUCUUUCUUCUUUGAUUCGCCCCCGGUGGAAUAUGUUUGGUCGCGUUGGUAGAGACAUAGCGACGGCAGGCCGCCCUGAUGUAUAAUUGAUGGGAGAUCAGCUUUUGGAUCUUAGGGAAGGAGCAUUGCGUUGUCAAGCUGCGGAUUUGUGAAGGGAAGCCAAAAAAGGGAGACGAGUUUGCAAGAAAGGUAGGAGUUUUAUCGAGUGCGGGAGUAAUGUCGCCUUCGUUCGAUUGGUGGGGGAAGGAGGUACACCGUGGGACGUCUGUGGUGGUGAAGAUGGAGAACCCUAAUUGGUCCAUCUCGGAGAUUUCUUCCCCUAACGACGAUGACGACGAGUGCGGCGGCGAUGGGGAGUUAUUGCGAUAUGGGGCGAGGAAAGGCGGCCGUGGGAAGAACGCCAAGCAAAUCACGUGGGUGCUCCUCCUCAAGGCCCAUCGCGCCGCCGGGUGCCUCUCCAGCCUCGCGUCCGCCGCAAUCGGCCUCGCAUCCGCAGUGCGCCGCCGCGUGGCCGCCGGACGGACUGACUGCGACGCCGCUGCAUCCCAUCCGGACGAGAGUCCAGCGCUGCGCACCCGUUUCUACUUCUGCAUCAAGGUCUUUCUCUGGCUUUCGGUGCUCCUUUUGGGGUUCGAGGUCGCCGCUCACCUGCAUGGCUGGCAUUUGGGGGCGGCCGAGCUGCAGCGCUUGCUGGUUGUGCCGUCGUCCUUCGGCGUUCGGGAGCUCUUCGGGUCGCUGUACGCGGAAUGGCUGCGGCUCCGGAUGGUGUACAUCGCGCCGCUGCUCCAGUUCCUCGCCAACACCUGCGUCGUACUCUUCCUCAUUCAAAGCGCCGACCGCCUCAUUCUCUGCCUCGGUUGCUUCUGGAUCCGCUUCAAUAAGUUGAAGCCGAGGCCCAGGCAUGCCGUCGACAAGGACCUCGAAUCCGGCGAUUAUUUUCCUAUGGUACUAAUCCAGAUUCCCAUGUGCAACGAGAGGGAGGUGUAUCAGCAAUCCAUCGCUGCAGUGUGUAAUUUGGAUUGGCCUAGAUCCAACGUUCUGGUUCAGGUGUUGGAUGACUCUGAUGAUCCAUUAACACAAGCUUUGAUCAAGGAAGAGGUGGAUAAAUGGCAGCAAAAUGGUGCCAACAUCAUGUACCGACACCGGGAGAUCCGAGAGGGGUACAAGGCUGGAAAUCUCAAGUCAGCCAUGAAUUGUAGCUAUGUAAAAGACUACGAGUUUGUAACCAUUUUCGAUGCCGACUUCCAGCCAUCGCCAGAUUUCUUGAAGCAAACUAUACCAUAUUUCAAGGACAAUGAGGAGCUUGGAUUAGUACAGGCUAGAUGGGCUUUUGUGAACAAAGAUGAGAACUUGUUGACUCGGCUACAAAACGUAAACUUGUGCUUCCAUUUUGAGGUGGAACAGCAGGUGAAUGGAAUGUUCCUCAACUUUUUUGGGUUCAAUGGGACGGCUGGAGUUUGGAGAAUCAAGGCAUUAGAAGAUGCCGGCGGGUGGCUUGAGAGAACAACUGUGGAAGAUAUGGACAUUGCAGUGAGAGCUCACUUAAAGGGAUGGAAGUUUAUCUUCCUCAAUGAUGUAGAGUGCCAAUGUGAGUUGCCCGAGUCAUAUGAGGCGUAUCGGAAGCAACAGCAUCGUUGGCAUUCUGGCCCAAUGCAGUUAUUUAGACUCUGCUUACCAGAUAUUUUACGAUCAAAGAUUUGUUUUUGGAAGAAGGCAAACUUAAUAUUUCUCUUUUUCCUGCUCCGGAAACUGAUAUUGCCUUUCUACUCCUUCACCUUGUUCUGUGUCAUCCUCCCAAUGUCUAUGUUUGUCCCUGAAGCUGAGCUCCCGGCAUGGAUAGUCUGCUACAUUCCCGCGACCAUGUCCUUCCUCAACAUCCUGCCUGCCCCAAGAUCCUUCCCUUUUAUAGUCCCUUAUCUCCUCUUCGAAAACACCAUGUCAGUGACCAAGUUCAAUGCCAUGAUAUCCGGCCUAUUCCAGCUUGGGAGUGCCUACGAGUGGGUCGUCACCAAGAAAUCCGGUCGUUCUUCUGAAGGUGAUCUGUAUUCUUUAGUCAAGAAUGAAUCUGAUAACCAAAGAGAAGCCUCCACACCAGACCUUGAAACUCUACUGAAAGAGGACUCUAAGCAAAAGCAUAAUAGGAUAUACAGGAAGGAGUUAGCAUUGGCAUUUCUUCUCUUAACUGCUUCGGCGAGGAGUUUACUAUCAGCCCAUGGUAUACAUUUCUACUUCCUCUUGUUCCAGGGCAUCUCAUUCCUCCUCGUUGGUCUUGACCUUAUUGGUCAGCAGAUCGAGUGAGAUGAUGAAGAUUUCACACCGAAUCAUCACAGCGGCUAAUGGUAUCAAAGCACGAUCUUAUCUAUAUGGAAAAUGAUGAAUUUGAAGCCGCUCAGAGCACAGCAUCAUUUACAUCUUCUUUAGGGAUGAUUUAGUGAUAGCUUCAUCUUGAGGUGUAGAUAAUCCAAACGUAUUGCAGAUGCUUCAUUCUUUCAAAUGUUAUUCAUUUUUAAGAUCAUCUCUUUUCUUCAAAUUGGAUUCAACUUAAAGUUUAAGUAGAGUUACUUGCUGUUCAUAGUA